AUGGCGUCAUUUGAGGCCUUGUAUGGGAAGAGUUACAGGUCUCCAGUGUUUUGGAACGAGGUUGGUCAAUGGAGAUUGUUGGGUCUGGAAUUGGUGCAAACCACCAAUGAGGCGAUACAGAAGAUUAGAGCCCGAAUGUUAACAGCUCAAAGGGUGUUGAGAUUUGGCAGAAAGGGUAAAUUGAGCCCUCGAUUCAUCGAGCCAUUUGAGAUCCUAGAAUGGAUCGGUCUUGUAGCUUAUCAACUGGCCUUGCCACCGUCUCUUUCUGCAGUUCACAAUCUUUUUCAUGUUUCCAUGUUGAGAAUGUCCAUAGCAGACUCAUCUCAUAUUGUGGAUUAUAAGCCUUUGAAUUUGAAUGAGAACCUGAGCUGUGAAGAGAAGCCUAUUCAAAUCUUGGCCAAGAAAGUGAAAGUUUUGCGCAAGAGAUAG